AUGGAACAAAGGAACAAUGUAACUGAGUUUGUCCUCUUGGGGCUCACUCAGAGCCCCCAGGGUCAGAAAAUACUAUUUGUCAUCUUCUUGCUCAUCUACAUCGUGACCAUGGUGGGCAAUCUCCUCAUUGUCCUGACUGUGGUGUCCAGCCCAACUCUUGACAUCCCCAUGUACUUCUUUCUUGGCAACUUAUCAUUUAUGGAUGCUGUUUAUUCUACUACAGUCACCCCAAAUAUGAUUAUAGACUUAUUCUACUUACUCUAUGAGAAGAAAACCAUUUCAUUUCGAGCUUGCAUGACCCAACUUUUUACAGAGCACUUAUUUGGUGGUGCUGAGAUUUUACUCCUGGUGGUCAUGGCCUAUGACCGCUACGUGGCCAUCUGCAAACCCUUGCAUUAUUUGACAACCAUGAAUCGGCGAGUGUGUGUUCUGCUGCUGCUGUUGCCCUGGGUUGGUGGGUUUGUACAUGCUGUAGUUCAUAUUCUCUUUGUUUACAACCUUCCCUUCUGUGGCCCCAAUGUCAUUGACCACUUCGUCUGUGACAUGUACCCCUUGUUAAAACUCGCAUGCGCUGACACCCACAUUAUUGCCCUCACGGUGCUGGCCAAUGACGGGGUAAUCUGCGUGGUCCUCUUCACGCUCUUGCUCCUCUCCUACGGGGUCAUCCUGUGCUCCCUGAAGGGUCUUAGUCAGGAAGGGAGGCGCAAAGCCUUGUCCACCUGUGGCUCCCACAUCACUGUGGUGGCCCUCUUCUUCGUGCCCUGUAUUUUUCUGUAUGUGAGACCUCCUUCCACUUUACCCAUUGACAAAUACUUGGCAGUGUUUUACACCAUCGUCACCCCUAUGUUGAACCCUCUGAUCUAUACACUGAGAAAUGGAGAGAUGCAAAAUGCCAUGAAAAAGCUAUGGAUCAGAAAAAGAAAAUGA